AUGAGCUCCUCCAUUAUCGUUGUGAGCUUUUCCCGGCGCUCUGGUUCCGGUCGUGUGUUGGUGGUUUUUUGGGGGGAGGCCCCGCGCUCUGAGCCCUGUCUGUUCCCCGAGCAGGUCUCGGUGCUGUAUUUCGCCCGGAGCGCGGAGCUGGCGGGGCUGCGCAGCGAGACCCUCUCGGUGCCACGGCAGAUCACCUCUCUGCAGCUCUGGGAGGAGAUCGUCAAGGCCCACCCCAGGCUUGCUGUCAUCCAGGAUCAAGUGGUUUUUGCUGUUCGGCAGGAAUACGUGCUUCUUGGAGAUCAGCUCCUGGUCCUUCAGCCUGGAGACGAGGUUGCCAUCAUCCCACCGAUCAGUGGAGGCUGAACCUGCCCAGAUUCUGUUGGUGAGAUAUGGAUGAAACUGAAGAUGUGCCAAAAGAUUUUAUCAAGCUCAAGUCUGCAAAGCUCUCUGUAGAUGAAGUGUCAGAGCUGGUCAUUUCACCAUACUGUGGGGCA